AUGUCGGCAUGUCACUUUGUCCCGCUUUCAAAAUACGAUUGGAGUCUACACCCGGCGCUCGUGGCCAUCGCACUCCCAUGGAAUCCUACGGCAUACUGUUUGAUCGCGAGCUUCUGCGCGGUCUCGCUGUGGAUGACGGUCGAAUUGACUCUGCAGGUGAUGUUCACGUUCCGGCGCCACAAAGGUCUCUACUUCUGGUCGCUCCUUGUCUGCACGUGGGGGGUGGCGUUGCAUGUCGUGGGCGUCAUCCUCAAGCUCUUCAACGAGAGCAACUGGAUCGUCUCGAGCAUCAUCUUCAAGAUUGGCUGGGUCGGGAACGUCACCGGCUUCUCGCUCGUGCUCUACUCGCGGCUGAAUCUCGUGGUCCACGACAGGCGUAUUCGGCGCGCCGUCCUCGCCAUGAUCAUCACCGAUGCCUUUUUGCUGCACACGCCCAUCAUCAUCUUCGACUUUGGCAUCUCCUCCCCUCAUCCUAACAUCUGGUACAUGCCAAUGAAGGUCAUGGAGCGCAUCCAGGUAGUGUGGUUCAGCGUCCAGGAAACCGUCAUCUCGCUCAUGUAUAUCUGGUGCACGCGCGACUUCCUCAAGGAUAUCUACUCGCACCAGACCCACCGCGUCAUGCAGCUGCUCAUCUGUGCCCAGAUCAUCGCCAUCAUCUUCGACGUCGUGCUUAUUACCGUGGACUGCAACAACAUGUUCACCCUCAAGGUCGUCAUCCACCCGUUCUGCUACGCCGUCAAGCUCAAGAUCGAGUUUAUCGUCUUGAACCAGCUCCUCGCCUUGAUCAAGCACGGUAUCGCGCCCAGCAGCUUCCCAGCCCCCGAUGAAGAGUCUCCGGACGCCAGUGGGCCGACGCCGCCGAGAUCCGGCGCGAGGGUGGAUUUCAAGCACGGCUCCUUCGUGAGCACUGAUAUCACUGCCACCGACGCGCGAGAUAGUGCAGCAGCAGACGCCGCUUCGCGGAAGGAGUCGGUGCUCCUGCCCUCUGGCGGGCUCGGGAGAGACAUGGAAUACUACAGGCGAAGGCAUAGGACGGGCACCGCCGAUAACGAGAAUGGUGAUUCCGGCGUCGCAGGAGAUACUCCCAACAACAACAACAGGACCGACUCGACAACACCCCAACCACCAGCGAAUCCUGACCCGGACGCGAUCGAACCAGUUCCACUCCCAGGCUCACCCCACACACCCUCUCCGCCGUCCCCUCCGCCUCCUAACACAACGACAGCGGGCACUUCUACACCCCGAGCCCCGGGAUCAUCGUCAAGACGGUCCUUCGAACCGCAGCUGCCCGCGAGAUCCUUUUCGGACCCGACGCCUCUGGGUCCCGCGCAGAGGGAACAAGACUCGGAGGCCAUUGUGGCCCAGAUCGAGAGGCAUUAUCUGGGCAACUGGAAUGGGCAUUCUACCCGAUAA